UGCUAUGGCUGAGGAGUAUCACCGAGAAUCAAUGCUGGUUGAAUGGGAACAGGUGAAACAAAGGAUUCUUCAUUCUCUGCUUGCAUCAGGGGAAGAUGCUCUCGAUUUCACCCAGGAAAAUGAGCCCAGCUAUGUUGGUGAGGUGGGUCCUCCGGGUCGCAGCUCUUUGGACAGCGUGGAGAUGGCAUAUGCUCGUCAGAUUUAUAUUUAUAAUGAGAAGAUUGUGAAUGGACAUCUGCAGCCUAACCUGGUGGACCUUUGUGCUGCUACUGCAGGACUGGAUGAUAAGAACAUCUCCGAGAUGUGGGCCAUGGUGAAACAAAUGACUGAUGUUACCCUGGUUCCUGCCAGUGAUGCCUUGAAGGUCCGGACCAACAUGGAGGUGCGGAUGGAAUUUGUGAGGCACGCUCUGCACUACCUGGAGCAGAGUUACAAAAAUUACACCUUUGUGACAGUCUUUGGAAACUUGCACCAGGCUCAGCUGGGUGGAGUCCCAGGGACUUACCAACUGGUCCGCAGCUUCCUGAACAUCAAACUCCCAGCAUCUGUCCCUGGGCUCCAGGAUGGUGAGGUGGAGGGGCAUCCUGUGUGGGCACUGAUUUACUACUGCAUGCGCUGUGGGGAUCUGACUGCAGCCAUGCACGUGGUGAAACGGGCACAGCACCAGCUGGGAGAGUUUAAAACCUGGUUCCAGGAGUACAUGCACAGUAAAGACAGAAGACUGUCUCCUGCCACAGAAAACAAACUGCGCCUUCAUUACAGACGAGCUCUGAGAAACAACACUGACCCCUACAAGAGGGCUGUUUAUUGUAUCAUUGGCCGUUGUGACAUUACAGACAACCAGAGUGAAAUUGCUGAUAAAACAGAAGAUUAUCUGUGGCUAAAACUGAACCAAGUGUGUUUUGAUGAUGGUGGUGCGAGCUCCCCACAGGACCGACUGACGUUAUCACAGUUCCAGAAGCAGCUGCUGGAAGACUAUGGUGAAUCACAUUUUGCAGUGAACCAGCCGCCUUUCCUCUACUUCCAGGUGUUGUUCUUGACAGCACAGUUUGAAGCUGCAAUCGCGUUUCUCUUCCGGACAGAGCGCUUGCGCUGUCACGCUGUUCAUGUUGCUUUGGUCCUGUUCGAGUUAAAACUGCUCCUCAAAUCUUCUGGCCAGAGUGCACAGCUGUUAAGCCAUGAAGUUGGGGACCCUCCUGGUGUCAGACGGCUCAAUUUUGCGCGGCUUUUGAUGCUUUACACCCGUAAGUUUGAAUCAACAGACCCGAGGGAAGCUCUGCAGUAUUUUUACUUUCUCAGAAAUGAGAAGGACAGCCAAGGAGAGAACAUGUUCCUGCGUUGCGUUAGUGAAAUAGUAAUUGAAAGCAGAGAGUUUGAUAUGAUUCUUGGAAAGCUGGAAAAAGAUGGUAGUAGGAAGCCUGGAGUGAUAGACAAGUUUACAAGUGACACAAAAUCCGUUAUUAACAAAGUGGCUUCUGCAGCAGAAAAUAAAGGAUUGUUUGAAGAAGCUGCGAAACUCUAUGACCUUGCAAAGAACCCUGACAAAGUUUUAGAGCUGAUGAACAAGCUCCUCAGCCCAGUUGUUCCCCAGAUCAGCACUCCCCAGUCGAACAAGGAGCGGCUGAAGAACAUGGCCCAUUCCAUUGCUGAGAGGUACAAAGCGCAGGGGAUAAGUGCAAAGAAAUCCAUCGACUCCACGUUCUACCUUCUGCUAGACUUAAUCACAUUUUUUGAUGAAUAUCACGCUGGUCACGUUGACAGGGCCUUUGAUAUUAUUGAACGCCUGAAGCUCGUACCUCUUAGCCAAGAUUGCGUCAAGGAGAGAGUUGCUGCCUUCCGGAAUUUCAGCGAUGAAAUCAAGCACAACUUAUCUGAGGUCCUGCUUGCAACCAUGAAUAUUUUAUUCACCAAGUAUAAGAGGAUGAAAGGCACAAGCCCAACCACUCCUGCCAGACCUCAGAGGGUAAUGGAGGACAGAGAUUCGCAACUUCAGUCCCAGGCCCGUGCCCUGAUCAUGUUUGCUGGGAUGAUCCCCUACAGGACCUCAGGAGACACAAACGCCAGACUGGUGCAGAUGGAGAUCCUUAUGAAUUAGCAGAGCAGCUCUGGCUCGGGGCUGCAGCAGCCUGUGCCUGUCCUUAGUACGUUCAGAGGGCCCCUGGGGACCAGUGUCAUUUUGUAUUCUGUAUUUUUGUUGAUGGAAAUAAAUUUCUUUGGUUUUGA